UCAAGUACUCGUCUUCUUGCUUCGGCUUUCUCUCCUCCCUUCUUUCAUCCCAGCUUUCCUUCUUGAUUCAGCACUACAACGGAGCAUAUGUCGAUAAUGUCUCCAAAUUGGAGAUCCAUACACCCUAUUACUUCUUGGCAAUGGCAGAAGGGUGUACUUUUGGGUCAUGGAUCAUUUGGAUCAGCAUAUGAAUGCAUGAGAGAUGAUGGCUUCGUUUUUGCCGUGAAGGAAAUGUCCUUACAGGAUCAAGGUGAUGAUGGAAGGCAACAUAUUAACCAACUCGAACAGGAAAUAACUCUCUUAAGUCAGUUUGAGCAUGAGAGCAUAGUACAGUAUUAUGGUACAGACAAGGAUGAUUCAAAACUGUAUAUAUUCCUUGAGCUGGUAUCUCGUGGGUCCCUUCGGAGUUUAUAUCAUAGGUAUCAUCUUCAAGACUCCCAAGUCUCUGCUUAUACAAAGCAGAUUUUGCAUGGGUUGAAGUAUUUGCAUGACCAACAUGUAGCCCACAGAGAUAUUAAAUGCGCAAACAUAUUGGUGGAUGAUUCUGGCUUUGUCAAACUUGCAGAUUUUGGCCUUGCUCAGAUCAUCAAACUGAACAAUGUGCAGUCCAUCACGGGUACUGCCUUCUGGAUGGCUCCUGAGGUGGUUAGAGGAAGGAACAGCAAUUGGCUUGCCGCAGACAUAUGGAGCCUUGGCUGCACUGUCUUGGAGAUGCUUACGCGACAGCCCCCUUAUUUCCAUCUCGAGACUGUUCAGGCUCUUUUUAAGAUUGCAAACGGCAAGCCACCUGAUGUGCCUAGCACGCUUUCGAGCAAUGCACAAGAUUUUAUACACAAGUGUCUUCAAGUCGACCCAAAUGCUCGUCCAACUGCUUCUCAGUUACUAGAGCACCCAUUUGUGAAUCAUCAAUUCCCAUUGCCUCACUAGCUAGGCAUGUGGAUUUCAACUGCACUGUGAAUUGAAAUGGUAUGUGUUUCUCUGCAUGCUUAUGGUGCUGGUGGAGGGGUCCUCAUUUGUACUUUGGCCUACAUCGAGCUCACAUCAUCGUUUUACUAAAGUUACCUCUGCAAUAUUAUUUUACUAAAGUUACCUCUGCAAUAUUUUCAAUUAUGCAGCAUUGCAGCCCCAUUCAUUAUUACUGCUAAUCUUGUCAUUGUUGUGAUCGACAAAUUAUACUAUGGACCAAGGUUGACCUUGCAUUGUAGAUAUUGGUCUAAAAAUAAUAUUCAGAUUUUGUAGUUAA